AGGAAGGCAUCUUUAAAAAGCAUUAACUUGAAAGGAAUAAUCCUUCAUGAAUUUUAAAAUCUUAAAUAGGAGUUUAUUGAUAUUAUUACAAAUACACAACUUAACUAAGAAAAUGAGCUGGGAUAGGAAGAUCAAUUAUUACGCUUGAAAAUCAUCUAGAUAUAUAAGAGAAUCAAUGAAAUAUAUUAAAUCCCAAUAUAAAUUUGCAGAAACCUCCC